GUUUCCUCUGGGCGUCCAUUGCAGGAGGCUGGGAUCAAGCAGGAGCUGCAGAAUAAGGGCAGGGGGCAGAGAAGCAGCUUUGGGAGCCACUGACCCCUCACCCUGAGCCCAAGUCUCUGCUGUAAAUCCUUUCUUCCCUGAAUCCCAGCCAUGGCAUUGAGCCCCCUGUGCCCAGCCCAUGCCCCAGCAGCUCACCCCAUGCCCAUUGCUGCCUGCUGUGCCCAGGGCAGUGGGAGGGAGAAUGAAAGGGAUCUUGUUCCACCCAUCCUGUUAUUGUGAUCAGAUCAGGCACAAUUGGAUUAGCUGCAGGGAUUGGCUGAUCACAUACCCCCCCCCCCCUGCUCUCUGUGCCUAAUCAGUGGGUGGGUGGGCUGCUGUACAGGCUCAUUACUCAGCAGCCCCCCUGGGGAGGCAUCAUUUCUGCUACAGAUUAUUCCCUAUAAAGCUGCACAGGCUGACCAACUGCAAGAUGAAGCUGCUUUUACCCAGGAUGCUCAGCUGGCUGUGAGGUGCAGGGGAUUCUGGGCAUCUGAAUUGCAGGGGCUGGACCAGUUUGGCACUGAGGGAAGGAGCCUGGACCCAAUCUGGGCGGAUAGAGGAGUGGCCCAUCCCUUCCAUAUGUGCCCCCACUUCCCCGGCACCGGGCCCUUUGCCUAACUCACCCUCAGAGCUUUCCCUUUUUAUCCUGGGAACUCAGCUCUCCCAUUGGAUGUGCUUCUUCCUGUGGGUGCAGAGAGGUUGGGGGUUUAACUCAUUGUGCCCCUUGGUUGGGGGUUUUUUCGCUGCUUUUCUGAGCUGUUUCCAUAAGGAGUUGGAUGCCUGGGGAUGUGCCUAGGGGGCCAGUGAUUGGAGGGCCCGGCUGACAGGUACUAGGGGCCCCUGGCUGUGCCUGGCAUGAAGUGACAAUGUUUGGGUGCAGGAUGGCCAACCUGAAUGGAUUGAUGGAGGAGGGCAGGGGGGAGGGCACGGACCUGGGUCGGACCCUGCGGAGCCUGGAGACCGGUACGGUACUGACCCUGUUCUACCAAAAGAAGUCACAGCGGCCGGAGAGACGGACGUUCCAGCUUAGAAUGGACACCAGGCAGGUUGUGUGGUUUCGGACCACGGAGAAGGUGGAAGGAGACAUUGAUGUCAGAGAGAUUAAGGAGAUCCGGCCGGGGAAGAACUCCCGGGAUUUUGAACGCUACCCUGAAGAUACCCGGAAGCUGGACGCUACCCUCUGCUUCAUCAUCUUGUAUGGAACCGACUUCCGCCUGAAGACUGUCAGUGCUGCUGCUUUCAGUGAGGAAGAGGUAAAUCUAUGGAUCAGCGGUUUAAACUGGGUCGUCGCAGAUACGCUGAAGGCUCCAGGCCCUCUCCAGAUCGAGAGGUGGCUCGGAAAACAGUUCAACGCAGUGGACAGAGCGAGAGAAGGCAGCGUGACGGUGAAGGAUCUGAAAGCUCUGCUCCCUCAGGUUAAUUACCGCGUGCCUAACAUGAGAUUUCUACGGGACAAAAUGCUGGAAAUCGAGGCCCGAUCGGAGCUGACCUUCCCACACUUUGUUCUGUUUUACAAUAACUUGAUGUUUGAUGCUCAGAAAUCAAUCAUUGAGCAGCUCGAGUUGUCUUUCCCUUUAAGGAACGUUGAUCGGCCUUCUCUAUGCCAGAUCUCUUUGUAUGACUUCCAGAGGUUUCUUCAGUUUGAUCAGAAGGAAGCCUGGGCCGGUGACAUUAAUAAGGUUCGGGGUUACCUAUGCAAUUACCUGAAGGACAGCGAUGGGGACGUCUGUGAACCCAUUCUGCAGUUGGAUGAGUUCCUGACCUACCUCUUCUCCAAGGAGAACAUGAUCAUGGACUCUAGGUUUGAGCAAGUGGUGCCGGAGGAGAUGACCUACCCGCUGUCCCAGUACUGGAUCUCAUCCUCACACAACACAUAUUUGACUGGGGAUCAGUUCUCCAGCGAGUCAUCCUUAGAAGCUUACGCUCGCUGCCUCCGGAUGGGCUGCCGCUGCAUUGAGUUGGACUGCUGGGAUGGACCAGAUGACCUGCCUAUUAUCUAUCAUGGACACACCUUGACCUCUAAAAUCAAGUUUUUGGAUGUACUGCACACUAUCAAGGAUAAUGCCUUUGUCACAUCAGAAUAUCCGGUUAUCUUGUCCAUUGAGGAUCACUGCAGUGUUGUCCAGCAGAGGAACAUGGCCCAUUAUUUCAGAAAGGUAUUUGGGGACAUGUUACUGACCAAACCAGUGGACAUCAAUGCGGACGAGCUCCCCUCUCCGGCCCAGCUCAAAAAGAAGAUUCUCAUUAAGCACAAGAAGCUGGUAGAGGGGAACCUUUAUGAGGAGGUCUCAACCGCGAGCUACUCGGAGAAUGACAUCAGUAACUCUAUCAAGAACGGGAUCCUCUACCUAGAAGAUCCCAUAGACCAUACCUGGAGCCCUCACUAUUUCGUCUUAACAAGUAACAAGAUCUACUACUCCGAGGAGACGUCUCGGUACCAGUCCAACGAUGAGGACGAAGAGAUGGAACCCAAAGAGGAGUUUAAUAACAAUGAGCUGCACUUCAGUGAGAAGUGGUUCCACGGGAAGCUGGGGGGCGGGCGCGACGGGCGCCAGAUUGCCGAGAAGCUGCUGCACGAGUACUGCACGGAGACGGGGGGAAAGGACGGCACAUUCCUAGUGCGUGAGAGCGAGACCUUCGUUGGCGACUACACCUUGUCAUUCUGGCGCUCCAGCAGGGUCCAGCACUGCCGCAUCCACUCUCGGCAGGAGGCCGGCUCCACCAAAUUCUACCUGACAGACAACCUGGUGUUUGACAGCCUGUAUGGCCUGAUCAGCCACUACCGGGAGGUGCCGCUGCGCUGCAAUGAGUUUGAGAUGAGGCUCACCGACCCCGUUCCGCAGCCCAACGCACACGAGAGCAAAGAGUGGUACCAUGCCAAUCUCACCCGCCUGCAGGCGGAGCAUAUGCUGAUGAGAGUUCCCCGAGACGGUGCCUUCCUGUUGCGCAAGCGGAGCGAGACCAGCUCAUUCGCUAUUUCCUUCAGGGCCGAGGGCAAGAUCAAGCACUGCCGGAUACAGCAGGAGGGCCGACUCUUCAUGUUGGGCAGCUCCGCAGAGUUCGAGAGCCUGGUCGACCUCAUUAGUUACUAUGAGAAGCAUCCGCUGUACCGCAAGAUGAGGCUCCGCUAUCCCAUCAACGAGGAAGCGCUGGAGAAGAUGGGCACGGCGGAACUGGACUACGAUGCUCUGUUUGAGGGUAGAACCCCCCAUGUUUACGUGGAGGCCAACAAGAUGCCCACAUCAAGGUGCACGGUGAAAGCGCUGUACGAUUACAAGGCCCAGCGGGAGGAUGAGCUGACGUUCUGCAAGCAAGCCAUUAUACACAAUGUGGACAAACAAGAUGGCGGCUGGUGGCGAGGGGAUUACGGAGGCAAAAAGCAACUUUGGUUCCCUGCUAAUUACGUAGAAGAGACAACGAGCGCGAUGUCCCCAGAUCAGGAUGAGGGCUCUUUCUAUUUUGGCCAGUCGGUAGAGAACAGCCCCUUGGGGAACUUCCUGAAAGGAUUUAUCGAUGUGCCUUCCUGCCACAUAGUCUCAUCGAAGGACGGAAGGAGCUCGCGGCCGUACGUCUUCACCAUCCACUCCCAGCAAAUGUCCCACCCCUCUCAGUCCUUGGACGUGGCUGCUGACACUCAGGAAGAGCUCAAUGAUUGGAUCGGCAAAAUCCGAGAGGCCACUCAAAACGCAGAUGCUCGGAUGCAGGAAGGGAAAAUCAUGGAGCGGAGGAAGAAGAUUGCCCUCGAGCUGUCGGAGCUUGUUGUCUAUUGCCGGCCAGUUCCGUUCGAUGAGGAAAAGAUUGGCACAGAGAAGGCUUGCUACCGUGACAUGUCUUCAUUCCCCGAGACCAAGGCAGAGAAGUACGCCAACCGCAGCAAAGGCAAGAAAUUCCUGCAGUACAACCGACGCCAGCUGAGCAGGGUUUACCCAAAGGGCCAGCGCCUGGACUCCUCCAAUUAUGACCCACUGCCCAUGUGGAUCUGUGGCAGCCAGCUGGUGGCUCUGAACUUCCAGACCCCAGACAAGCCGAUGCAGCUGAACCAAGCACUGUUCAUGCUGGGGGGCCAGAGCGGCUAUGUCCUGCAGCCGGACAUCAUGAGAGACGACCUUUUUGAUCCCUUCGAUAAGAACAGCUUGAAGAUUGUGGAGCCAAUCACAGUGCAGCUUCAGAUAUUAGGAGCCAGGCACCUCCCCAAAAAUGGGCGGAGUAUCGUUUGCCCCUUCAUAGAAGUGGAAGUUUGUGGCUCAGAAUUCGACAACAGCAAAAGCAAAAGUGACGUGGUGGCGGAUAAUGGACUGAACCCUGUGUGGAUGAUGAAGCAGUUUGUGUUUGACAUCACCAACCCAGAGUUUGCCUUCCUGCGAUUCGUGGUGUACGAGGAGGACAUGUUCAGUGACCCCAACUUCUUGGCCCAAGCCACGUUCUCUGUCAAGGGGCUGAAAACAGGUUACCGCUCCGUGCCGCUGAGGAACAGCUACAGCGAAGAGUUGGAGUUGGCCUCACUGUUGGUGCACAUAGAGAUUGUCAAUGCCAAGGAGGAAGACGACGAGAAUCUCUACACCUCCAUCCAGCAGCUGAGGGACCGGGCCAGCGAAUUGUCCAGCCAGGUUUCCAGCUACGAACGGGCCAAUAACUGCGACUCUCGCUACCAGCAGAGACUGGACGAGCUGCGGGCAGCCCAGGAGCGACUCAUGGAACUUACGGAAGUGCGCAACAGGAAGCUGAUGGAGAAGAAGAAGAGAGAGAGACAGUUAGCGAACAAGCGGAACUGAGGGGGGCGCCGACGCCCAGAUCCGGUUGCUACAUCUUGGCCUGCAGACAUUCUCCCCCUUGGCCUGACCAUAAAUGUGCAGAAGUCGACUUUUACGGUUAUGGACGUGUCUAUGUAUCUGCCUAUGGAAAUGUAUAUAGAUGUUGGGGGGCACCCCAGCUGCUAAGAGGGUGUCCAGCUGGAGGGGGUGCAGGUUCCCUGUAUGCAGAUUCUCUAUAUAAGCAUGUGUAUAGGGGCUUCCCAGAUACUUGCAGUCAGGAUGUCCAAUCGGUAGCUCCAGCUCAAGCGGCCAAUAUCUGAGAUUUCAACAUGGCUUCCUUGGUCAGAGCCAAGUAAUCCCAACAUGCUGCCAAUAACUGGGAGCUGUUGUCCAACACUAACGGUAUCGCUCUUCGGAUGCACCUACAGUGCUGGACCUUCAGCUGGGUAAUAAGGUGGGUAAAAAGCCCCCCGAGGUCGUACACGUUGGUUCCUACCUUUGAAACCGAGUGCUUAUCAUAGAGAUUGUCAGCUCACUUUUAGCCCUACCCUGACUGUAUAUCGUACUCUGGGGCUCCAACGGACCAAGGGCAUUGUGGGACACCACCAGCAAGACUGACCAAUGGAAUCCUCCCAUGUAGUAAACGGGCCAGCCAUGUGACUGCUGUAUGGACUUGUUUCAGCACUGCUGGGUAAUGUUACAGUCAUACUGAAAAUACUAUGGGGCGGCCAAGGUGAUGUCCUGCUAGCCCCAAUACUGGUUUGCCAUUGGCUGUCAGCGCCUGGGCCUCAGGCCAACCCUCUGUGCGCGAUGAGCUCAAUAAUGGCACACAAAAUCCCGUAAACGCGAUAAAUCAAGCAAAAAAAUGGGGUUCCCAUAGCUACAUGCUCUGUACUUGGGUGUUUCUGGCAUCUCCUUCUGGGUCUAGUAACCCUUAGCGACCAAUCAAAAGGCAGAAUAUGCAGGUCGCCUAUUUGAAUUGUAAAAAAAAAAAAUCUUAUUGGUUGCUAUGAGUUACUAGACCACGAGACAUAUCUAGCGUUAGGUGGCUAAUUAAUAAUUUAGCCACCUAACGUAACAUAAGGGGGAUUUGUCACAUGACAAGAGAUAAAAAUUCAAAGGGCUAAGAUGGCAACCGUGAAUCGAACCCGCUACUUGCGCCAAACUCCCAGCAACCCUGUGCCUAAUGGGAUUUUACGGAGCAGUCAGGGAGAAAGAGCCCCUCUUAGGGGCAAAUAGAGGCCUUUAUUUUGUGUUUAAUUAUAAUUUAAAUGUAGUUCCUUACACCCCACCUGUACGGUGUCCCGGAUGUACAAUGGCCGGCCCUUCUGGCCAAUGGAUGUGGUUCUGAAGGAAAAUGGGAGGAGCACUCGCUGCCUUGGUCGGUCCUAUAAUACAGACAUAGUGCUUCUUAUACCUACCAAUGGUUCCGUUAUACCAAUAGUAUGAUGGGUAAGUGGGUGGAGCCAGUAACAAGUACUUGAUAUGGAUGAGCCUCAUAUCUACAUGUGCUUUGCCUUUAGAUAAACGUGGGUGGAGCCUUUUAACUGAGAACCAAUGGAUGUCCAGAGGGAGGGAGUCAUUGCAAUGGAUGCUAAAGGGGACCAAACACUGGUCCGGUUAGGGUUCCUCUGCAGAACCAAGCUGGGGUCCCUCUGAAUACAGGACGGAGCAAUGACGAAGCACUUUAGGGGGGUCUCUAGGGUGGGUGAAAGCUGGAACCGAUGGACCGCAAUUUGCCUUAUCCUCCAGGGCCAUAAUUUCAAGGCCAAAAAAGUCAAAUCCUUUCAUAUUUAUGUUGCACGGUUUACACUUUUGGGCUGAACUUGUGUUUCAGUUUUGCACUAAAGGGCACCCCCUGACUUAGGGGGGAGGGGUCAACACUUUCAGCCCCUCCCCCUUUUAUCACCACAUUUCAGAUGGGCCUGUCAUGCAUUGGGAAAGAUAAUCCUUUUCACAAGGGCUAGAGGUUACCAAUGGGGAGAAGCAGCGGGACCUUGUCUAAAUGAUGCAUAUACGCAUAUAGAUACAUAGAAAUAUAUCUUUAUAUAUAAUAUAUCUCUCUAUUUCCUCCUCUGGAGUCUGUAGAUAUCCGUAUGAAUGUCUAUGGCUUCCAUUUCCACCGGUCACAUAGCAGAGGUUCUCUUCUUCUGGAAAUGUGAGAGCUCGGCACUUUAUUGCUGUCUCGUGGGUCGUUCCUGACCCAUUUAGGGCUAGAACCCAUCUAAUACAUUCAGUCUUGUUCAAAGAACAAGUAGAUGAGGAACAUUUGUGGUCUGGAGGUUGAGAUGAUGAUGAUGCACCUGAUGAAGAACGCUGGUUCUUCUGGAGAUGAGAAGUAGACGGUCAACUAUGAGUAGUCAGCUGACCUGUUCUGGUCUGAGGGUUGGGAGACAUUAGUUCUUAGAGCGGUUCCCUUUGCUGGGUUCCCCCUAAUUCUUAGAGUGCCUUAUAGAUGACAGUUGGGUAAAGGGAAAGCGAAAAAAAGAACCCUAAGUGCCAGCACUGGAGAACCAUUUCUGCCUCAGUGGGUGCAGGGAACGCAUCGAACGCGCGCGGAAAUAGGAGGCGGGAAGUGGAUUUAUUUAUAGGUUUUAAUAUAAAAAAUAUUUAUCAAAAGAUUUACCCCCAUGUUUUGUUAUUUAAUAGUCAGAUGUUUGGAUGGAGAACUGGAAGAGUGGUAAUUGGUUCGGCAUUAAUAAAAAGAUAAUUGUCCAA